CCCUUCGCCGCCCAGCCUCGGCUCGGGAGUUGGGGGAGAGCCCAGGGUUUCAGUUGCUCCGGAGAAGGCGUGAGUCGCGCAGGGCUUGACUAAUUUGGGGUAGGGGGCGCGGUGGGCGAUGGAGCAGCCCGAGGACAUGACGUCGCUGAGCGAGUUCGACUCCUUGGCGGGCAGCAUCCCGGCCACCAAGGUGGAGAUCACGGUGUCCUGCAGGAACCUUUUGGACAAAGACAUGUUUUCCAAGUCUGACCCACUGUGCGUCAUGUAUACUCAAGGAAUGGAGAACAAGCAGUGGAGGGAGUUCGGGCGCACCGAAGUCAUCGACAACACGCUCAACCCCGACUUUGUGCGCAAGUUCAUCGUGGAUUACUUCUUUGAGGAGAAGCAGAACCUCCGUUUUGACCUAUACGACGUUGACUCGAAGAGCCCCGACUUAUCCAAACACGAUUUCCUGGGCCAGGCCUUCUGCACCCUUGGAGAGAUUGUGGGAUCCCCUGGGAGCCGCCUGGAAAAGCCCCUCACGAUAGGAGCCUUCAGCCUGAAUUCCAGGACAGGCAAACCCAUGCCAGCUGUGUCCAACGGUGGUGUCCCAGGGAAGAAAUGCGGCACCAUCAUCCUGUCCGCUGAGGAGCUCAGCAACUGCAGGGAUGUUGCCACCAUGCAGUUCUGUGCCAACAAGCUGGACAAGAAGGAUUUCUUUGGGAAGUCUGACCCGUUCUUGGUGUUCUACAGAAGCAACGAAGAUGGAACGUUCACCAUCUGCCACAAGACUGAGGUCAUGAAGAACACCCUAAAUCCAGUGUGGCAAACUUUCUCCAUUCCUGUGAGAGCCCUCUGCAACGGGGACUAUGACCGGACCAUCAAGGUGGAGGUGUACGACUGGGAUCGCGAUGGCAGCCAUGACUUCAUCGGGGAGUUCACCACCAGCUACCGGGAGCUGGCCCGCGGGCAGAGCCAAUUCAACAUCUAUGAGGUGGUAAACCCAAAAAAGAAAAUGAAGAAAAAGAAAUAUGUGAAUUCUGGCACAGUCACGCUGCUCUCCUUUGCCGUGGAGUCAGAGUGCACAUUUCUCGACUACAUCAAAGGAGGGACCCAGAUCAACUUCACAGUGGCCAUCGACUUCACGGCCUCCAAUGGGAACCCGUCCCAGUCCACGUCCCUGCACUACAUGAGCCCCUACCAGCUGAACGCCUACGCGCUGGCGCUGACCGCUGUCGGGGAGAUCAUCCAGCACUACGACAGCGACAAGAUGUUCCCCGCCCUCGGCUUCGGGGCCAAGCUGCCCCCUGAUGGCAGGGUGUCCCAUGAGUUCCCGCUGAAUGGCAACCAGGAGAACCCCUCGUGCUGCGGCAUCGACGGCAUCCUGGAGGCCUACCACCACAGCCUGCGCACCGUGCAGCUCUACGGCCCCACCAACUUCGCCCCCGUGGUCACCCACGUGGCUAGGAAUGCAGCUGAGGUGCAGGAUGGCUCCCAGUACUCAGUGCUCCUCAUCAUCACCGACGGGGUCAUCUCAGACAUGGCGCAGACCAAGGAGGCCAUUGUCAACGCUGCCAAACUGCCCAUGUCCAUCAUCAUCGUCGGCGUGGGCCAGGCGGAGUUCGAUGCCAUGGUGGAGCUGGAUGGUGACGAUGUGCGGAUCUCCUCCCGGGGGAAGCUGGCAGAGCGGGACAUUGUCCAGUUCGUGCCCUUCAGGGACUAUGUGGACCGCACAGGCAACCACGUGCUGAGCAUGGCGCGCCUGGCCCGAGACGUGCUGGCCGAGAUCCCCGACCAGCUGGUGUCCUACAUGAAGGCAAAGGGCAUCCGCCCACGCCCCCCACCUGAGGCCCAGGCCAGCUCACCCUCGCAGUCUCCAGCCCGCACGCCCCCUGCCUCCCCCCUGAACACGAACAUCUGAGCCUGGCCCAUGGCAGGUGGCUGGGGCCUGGGGAAGCCAAUAGAAGGCUACACAGGGUCCCUAGACACCCCCCUACAGUCCUCCCCGCCCAGCCUUUGGAACCCGUGUGCCUGGGAGGCUGGCAGAGGGUGGGGCCUCUGGAGACUCCUUCCAGAUUUCCUGGCCUCAGUUAUGGCCCAAACCCAGGGAGCUGGGUACAGGUGGUAGAGGUGGGGUUGUGGGCCCCUUCUCUUCUCUCCCUGACAAUUGGUUCUAGCCCAGCCAGGAAGGUGUUAAUAAUCAGGAUGAUUGGGGUUCCCCUCAGCCCACCUGAACAAUCCCAUCUGCUCCCAUACGGCCCUGAAGCCUGGGCUGGGCCUCCCUCCUCCAGGUCCCCUUGUCCCUCCCCUUCUCCUGUACCGUCUACUCCUCUACCUGGCCCCCGACCCCCACCCUAGUAUCCCCUGUCCCUGUUUCCAGUGAACCCCAUGAGGCUGAUGGGUUGGCAGGAACACCUGGACAUGCCACCCUCCCAGGGACACUUACUUGCAGUGGGAACCCCGCAGCCCCAUGAGGGGGAGGGUGUAUUGGUAGACGACAGGCCGCACGAUGGGCCAGGCGUGGAGGUUUUUCAGGCACAGGGUCUUUUCUGGUGCCCCUCAAGCCCAGUAUGACACACAGAUCCACAGGCCUCUCCCUGGCGUGUGGGCCCACAGGCACCACAGUUGACUACUGGCUCCAGGCACCCCCACCUCCCCAAAGAGGCUGCCCAGGGUCCUUGGUGCCCACCCCUCUGCUGCCCACCUCAAGGCCUGGGCAAGGAGCAGCCCAGCCCCAGCACUCCCACACUCCCCCUUUAUCCCACAGGGACAGGAGUCAGGAGUCCUUGGUUCAAGCCUUGCCUGCAGCCCUCCCUGCUGUGGGAACCCAAGCAAGGGCCUCUGCCUUCUGGGUCUUGGUUUCCACACCUGUAAGGCAAGAGGGUUGACCAGAUGGUCUCGGGCUUACCUUUAGCUCUGAUGCCCUGAGAGUCCAUUCAUCCCCUACCCAGCUGUCCCCAUCCCACUCCUCACCAGGGCAACCUCUUACCCAGGCCGCCUUGGCUCUAGGGUCGCCCUGUUCCAUCCUGUCAUCACCCUAGUACUCAACCUUGGGCUCUGUCCUCUGAGCACAAGCCCCUGCCCCCGCCGUGGGAAAGGUGAGAAAGGUGAUCUCACCCCUGGGCCCACCCAGCUGCCCAGCCCUUACCCACCCGCAGCAGGUCAUGCAUGCCAGUCCCUCUGCCGCAUGGGGCUCCUCAGCCCGCUGAACGCCCUGUGCCUGGGUGGAGACCAGGCCCCACCCUGUCUGCUGCCCACACCGCUCCCUUCCUGUCAUGCAUGAUGGUGGUGUUUCUACACUGUUUGGUCCCGUGCCUGUGUCUGAGACAGUCUCUGUGUGGAAUUUGCCUUAAACUGAAGUAAACUUGGUUCUUUUACUAAA